AUAUGCUUCAUGCGAUAUCUUAUGUUAAAUUUCUACACGUUCCCACAUCGUCGAAGCUUCAGACAAGGAUCUUGUCGACCGUUCCGGCAAAUUCCGCCCCAGCAAAACAUGGGAUGCGCCUUGUCAGCUUCCGCACAAAUGGGGUGAUGUUGAAGCCAAGAUCACGUUCGUGGGGCCUUACCCACCUCACUCGAGAGGUAUAUUAUCAGUUUGGUCGGGCUAAAUUCACAAGGUCUGCGCACAACGUCGUCAAUUCGAAUCGUAGCACCUUCGAAUCCAACCGGGUACUGAAGGACUUGUCUAAAGGAGGUCGAAUUGAUGAUGCCCGGAAGCUGUUCGAUGAAAUGCUCGAGAGAGAUGAGUACACGUGGAACACCAUGGUCGCCGCUUAUGCCAAUUCAGGGAGGUUCGAUGAGGCUGAAGAGCUUUUCGAGGAGGCUCCAUGUAAGAGUUCGGUCACCUGGUCCUCCCUCAUUUCAGGGUAUUGUCGGCAUGGGCGUCCUGGCGAAGGUUUUAGGUUCUUCUGGCUAAUGCAGUUGGACGGUCAGAAGCCCACCCAGUUUAGCUUGGGCAGCGUGCUUAGAGCGUGUGCUGUGUCGGGUUCUCUCCAAAGAGGUGAGCAGAUUCAUGGCUAUGCUAUGAAAACAAAUUUCGACCAUAAUGAUUUUGUUGUCACGGGUCUUAUAGACAUGUAUGCGAAGUGCAGAAGCAUCUCUGAGGCAGAGUAUCUCUUUGCGACGGUUCCUGAAAGGAGUAAUCAUGCACUCUGGAGUGCCAUGAUCACCGGGUAUUCUCAGAAUGGUGAUGCAUAUAAAGCAAUGGAGUGUUUUAAGGAAAUGAGGAAGCAAGGAAUUGAAUUCGAUGAGUACAGUUUACCUAGUAUACUAGCAACUUGUGCAGCAGUUUCAGCUGAUGCUUUUGGGGCACAGGUGCAUUGCUGCAUCAUGAGGAGUGGAUAUGCAGUUAGUGCAUUUGUUCAGAGUGCGCUGGUUGACAUGUAUGCAAAAUGUGGAGAUUUGAACAGUGCUAAGUUGGUGAUAGAGGCUACGGAUAUUGAUGGUGUGGUUUCUUGGAACUCAAUGAUUAUGGGUUGUAUGAGGCAGGGGUGUGAAGAGGAAGCACUAUACCUAUUUAAGAAAAUGCAUGGAAGAGAUAUGAAGAUUGAUGAUUUUACUUACACAUCUGUUCUAAAGUCUCUUGCUUCCACGAUGGAUUUGAAACUCGCAAAGUCGGUGCACUGUCUGAUCUUAAAGACAGGAUUUGAGGCUUAUCGACUAGUGAGCAAUGCACUCAUCGACAUGUAUGCUAAACAAAGAGAGAUUACUUGCGCAUGUGAGGUGUUCAAGUGUAUGCGAAAAGACGUCAUUUCAUGGACUUCCCUGGUCACAGGAUACGCACACAAUGGCCUCUUUGAAGAAGCUCUCAGGUUGUUUUGUGACAUGACAGCCGAGGGUAUUUGUCCUGAUGAAAUGGUUAUUUCCAGUAUUUUAAGUGCUUCUGCUGAAUUGACAGCUUUAGAAUUUGGGCAACAAGUUCAUGGAAUUUUUGUGAAAUCAGGCCAUGCUAUUUCAACAUCAGUUGGCAAUUCUCUCAUCUCAAUGUAUGCAAGAUGCGGAUGCAUAGAAGAUGCUGAUCGAGUGUUCAACUCAAUGCAUGUAGCGGGCGUAAUCACAUGGACGGCUCUUAUCAUGGGUUAUGCACGUAAUGGCAAAGCAAAAGAAUCUUUAGAGACCUACAAUCGCAUGGUUGCGAGUGGAGUGAAGCCUGAUUACAUCUCUUUUAUUGGCCUAUUAUUUGCAUGCAGCCAUGCCUGUCUUGUACAAGAAGGUCGCAUGUACUUUGAAUCCAUGACCAAGACUUAUGGAAUAAAGCCAGGCCCUGAGCACUAUGCUUCAAUGAUUGACCUCUUAGGGCGCUCUGGAAAACUUGCUGAGGCUGAAGAAUUGCUUAAUCAAAUGUCUGUGGAACCAGAUCCAACGAUUUGGAAGGCACUACUCGCUGCGUGCCGGGUACACAAAAACUUGGAACUGGGAGAGAGGGCAGCAAGGAAUCUUUUCAAAUUGGAACCUAUGAAUUCUGUUCCUUACGUUCUCCUAGCUAAUAUAUAUUUUGCCUCUGGUAAACUGGAAGAGGCUGCAAAAAUCUGGGGUUUGAUGAAAUCAAGAGGAAUCAACAAAGAGCCUGGUUGUAGUUGGGUUGGGAUCAAUGGCCAAGUUCACACCUUUGUAUCUGAAGAUAGAGGGCAUCCAAGAAUGUCUGAUAUCUAUUCAAAGAUUGAUGAAGUAAUGCGAUUAAUUAAGAAAGCUGGUUAUGUUCCAGACUUAAGUUUGGCACUACAUGAUGUUGAUGAAGAGGGCAAAGAGCUUGGUCUUGCCUAUCACAGUGAGAAAUUGGCUGUUGCCUUUGGGCUGCUUGCUGUGCCCCAAGGAGGACCCAUUCGAAUUUAUAAGAAUCUUCGAGUAUGUGGUGACUGUCACGUUGCCAUGAGAUAUAUAUCACACGUGUUUAGUCGCCACAUAGUUCUGAGGGAUUCCAAUCGCUUUCAUCAUUUUAGGGAAGGGGUCUGCUCAUGUGGAGAUUAUUGGUGAAAUAUACAAAUCCCUCAAAGCUUCCCAUACAAAGAAUGGUACUACUAUGCAUUAGUGCAUCCGAGGUUGCGGCAGAACUAAAAAGGCUUGAGGAUUUUGAACUUUUGUCGUUGAAUUUUGGAAUUUUCUUGGCAAGUUUAAAUUGCUUACUUUAGGGUGGCAAUUCUACUAAGGAAAGGGCAUAGGCUGAUCAAAAGCUAAAGAGAAGAAUAAUCUGGAGCAGCAUUUGCACUCAAUGUUGAGAGUUGCAACAGAUAUAGAUCCGCACAAGGCUUCUAUAUCCAUGGAAGCUGUUGCUAUCAAUGUUUGUUUGUUUUCGGUCACUAAACCUGGUGAUGGUCAGAUCAAUUGAGAAGGAAGACAAGAGGAUGAUAUAGCAUUGCAUCAUGAUAAGUUGUGACCCACAUCUUAUAAUUUGAUCUAUUGCUCAAUAAUUUCUUUAUUCAAAUCUCUUAAGAAUGAAUUCCCUUUUUAGGAUUGUGAACCUCAUUCAAUUUGCAAAUUUCAGGAGGCUGAACCAACUUAAUUUCAAUUGUGGCAACAGUUGGUGGUUGAAGUGGACAGGGCAAGCUGGUUUGGUGUUUUUAACUCUUGGUUUGUUGCGUAAAAUAGCUUUCCUUGUUGCAAAAUUGUGCUCUCGAUUUCAUCCUAUCAAUGUGAUCCACAUGAAGUGUGCUAGUUGAUUUGACCGUCAUGUUAACUCUAUGUUUGGCAAACUUUUGUUGAAAUUUUACUUUAGCAGACAAUAUUUGCUCUUUUGUGUUUGUCAUGUGAGCUUCACUUGGACUUCUAGUAUAUAUGUUUAAAAAUGUGAAUCAAGGAAGCCUGAUGUCAACCUCUCCAAUCAAUACUCUUGUAGGCUUUCUCAAAGUCGGCCUUUAUGGAUUGAUUCCAUCUUUCCACUGACAGGGGACCUAGUCCCCUCUUAUUGGCCAGUUGGUAUUCUAUUUCUGUUCUUCCAACUUAUUAUCUGUCACAUUCUGAGUCACCUAACUUUUUUUGUCGUGUAUGACAACAUCUACCAUUUAAAUUUUUUAUGGUUGAACCCAGAUAAGUGAUACAUCUUGUAUGUUUGUUCUUCUUUUCAUAGUCUUCUCCUAUAUUUGCUUUGAGUCCUAUUAAGCCUAAAUUGCAAUACUCAUCCCUUUCAUAAGAAUGACUGGAAUAUGAAAGGCUUGCAUUAUAAUGUUUUCUCUUGCCGCUACUUUUCAUAUUUAGCUAAAUUAUCUUGUUUGCUGAACUAGAGUAUGUUUAUGGUAAAAACUUGUGUGCUGUUGGCAUAAUCGCUGUAUGAAACUGGUGAUGCUUGCAAAAACCUGUGAUGUAUUUUACCAAAAACUUUUGAUGCAUCACAAAUUUCUUAACAAAUGCUGUCAAUUGGGUUGCAGUUGCAGUCUGCAAGGGCAGAGUGUUAGGGACACGUCAGCGCUUUCGAUGCAGUCCUUGAGCUUCGGAUUGUCCUGGAGUGAAGGAAUCAGGGCUGAUGGUUGUUGUGGCUGUUGACCCCAUCUGAAAUAAUGGAGACAUGUGGGAAAAAGUUCAACGUGACAUGCAUAGGCCCUCCGAGUAUUGGUGAAAAAUUCCCAUGUAAGGGCUCAGUGAUUGCGACUGUUGCAGAACGAUGUGCUUCGCCACAAUGCGACACCACUUUCCAGCUCUCUAGGCCAGCCUUCGACAAGAUUGUUGACGCUACACUGGUCAAGAUUGCGAUUGAUUAUGAACCAUAAGUCUUUACAUGGUCCGUUGUCUCCCUCUAUCUAGUGAUCCACUGAGAUUUUGUUUCAUGAACCUACUCCCGGAUGAAUUUGCAGGGCUUAAAGGCAAGUUGGAAUUUAUUCUUUUGCGUAGGAAGUAUGAUGGAGGGAUGGCAACCUAUUAUCCCUUCGGACAAUAAAAUUAAGAUGUUUUCGUGAACAGGAGCUACUUUGGAACAUUUGAAUAUUUACUUGUAUUACAUAUGAUUCUGUUAUAUUUUGUUAGUUCAUCCAUGAUGGGGUGCAAUUAAGAUGCACCGGU